AUGGCCUGUGCAAGUAUCAUUAUCCUUAUUACCAUUCCUUGUCUUUUUAGUCUAAACUGCAUAUCCUAUGCUGAAACUAAUACACUCAAACAAGGGCAGAUGCUCCGGGACUGGGAGCAGCUAAUUUCUGCUUCAGGGGUCUUCAGGUUGGGAUUCUUUAGUCCCAACCCAUCAUAUUCAGCUCAGCUUGGCCCUUCAGGUCCUCGACACUUGGGAAUAUGGUUUGAUCGCAUACCAUUUUAUUCAGUGUGGGUGGCCAACCGAGAAGAUCCUGUUCCUGAUUCCUCUGGUGCUCUAACCAUAGAUGGGGAUGGAAAACUGAAGAUUACAUAUCAAGGAGGCCAGCCAAUAGUUAUAAAUUCCAAUAGGGCUGUAAUGACUGGCAAUAAUAUUAUUGCCACCCUAUUAGAUUCAGGAAACCUUGUCAUUCAACAAGUUGAUUCCAGUGGUAUUGUAGGACCUAUUUUAUGGCAAAGUUUUGACUAUCCCCAUAAUAUGUUACUGCCUGGAAUGAAACUAGGCAUGAAUCUCAAGACUGGACAGAACUGGUCACUCACUUCAUGGUUAGGUGAAAAAGUUCCUGCUCCAGGGGCUUUCAGGCUAGGCCUGGAUCCAAGUGGUGCUAAUCAGCUACUUGUUUGGCGGCGAGACGACAUUUAUUGGUCAAGUGGGGUGUGGCAGAAUGAGAGUUUUCAAUCAGCACCUGAAUUGAGAAAAAGAAACAACAUAUAUGACUUCAGGUUUGUAGCAAAUGAGGAGGAAAUGUGCUUCUCAUAUACUAUCAAAACCAAGUCUGUUUUAUCCAGGUGGGACUUGGACACUCUAGGACAAAUUACAGUGUUCACUCUGGAACAGAGCGAUAAUUCUAGUACUUGGAUAUUUGAAACUAGUGGUCCAUGUAAGUACAGUUCCAAGAAUUCAACCGCAGUUUGCCUAACUGAAAAGCCUACCAAUUGCAGGAAUGGUUCUGAGAUUUUCAUGCCGAAAAGAGGGUAUAUCGAUUUCAAUGAAUAUAAUACAUAUUUUGAUUCUGAUAUGAACUCUGCUCUUAGUGAUUGUCAUGCCAAAUGCUGGAAAAAUUGUACUUGUGUGGCCUAUAACUCUGUAUCUGGUGAUGGAAUUGGAUGCCAGUUUUGGAGCAAAGGAUCCAAGUUCACCGCAAACGAUAACUUUGACUUUAUUUACCUUCUUACUCGUGAAAAUAGCGAAGGUAAUUGA